AAUUGAACUCUAGCUGUCUAUAUAACUCCCUAAAACUGUAGAAGUAUGAGUAGCUCAGAUCUCAGUGAUGACGGAGACAGUAAUGGAGGAGGGAGAGCAAAACGUAGGCCAUCAUGAAAAAUGGAGAGGAGGGAUCAAAACCAUGCCUUUCAUCUUCGCUAAUGAGGUUUCGGAGAAGUUAGCGGUGGUGGGGUUCUCAGCAAACAUGGUGAGUUACCUUACAGAAGAGCUCCAUAUGCCGGUGGCUAAAGCCGCCACCACCCUCACAAACUUCGGCGGCACGGCCAGCCUCACUCCUCUUCUCGGUGCCUUUCUCGCCGACGCCUAUAUCGGCCGCUUCUGGACCAUCGCCGGCGCCACCUUCAUCUACCUCAUAGGAAUGUCGAGCCUGACGACCUCAGCCACUCUGCCUCAAUUCCGUCCGCUGCCUUGCUCCGCCGGCGCUGCUCACCCCUGCAAGGAAGCUUUAACAUGGCAGCUCGCAGUCCUAUACUUCUCUCUACUCCUCGCCGCGGUAGGGGCCGGAGGAAUAAGGCCCUGCGUGGUCGCCUUCGGCGCCGAGCAAUUCGGAGAAGCCGGCAAAAGAGAGCAGGGAAGAACAUGGAGAUUCUUCAAUUGGUAUUAUUUCUGUAUGGGGGCUUCGAUGCUUUUGGCGGUGACCGUUGUGGUGUACGUGCAGGACAACGUUGGAUGGGGAUGGGGAUUAGGGAUUCCGACGGUGGGAAUGGGGAUCUCGUUGAUUUCGUUCGUGGCCGGAUACCCGAUGUAUAGGAUGGCCAGGCCGGCGGGAAGCCCGUUCACGAGGUUGGCGCAGGUGGCGGUGGCGGCGGCGAGGAAGAGGAGGUUGAAGGUGGAGAUGGAGCCGGGAUUGCUCUACGAGAAUGAUGAGAUUGACAAGGGGAUUUCGUUGGCGGGGAAGCUGGGGCACACCAGCAGCAUCAGUUUCCUUGACAAGGCCGCCAUCCUCACCGAGGAAGACAAGCAGGCCAUGAAACCCUCCUCCUGCAUCAAUAACGUCCCCAUUCCCAACCUUUGGCAUCUCAGCACAGUCCACCGAGUCGAAGAACUCAAAUCCCUAAUCCGCAUGGCGCCAAUAUGGGCGGCCGGAAUCCUCGUCAUCACCGCCGCCGCCCAACAGAACACCUUCUCCCUCCAACAAGCCCGCAUAAUGAACCGACGCAUCUCCCCUUCCUCCUCCUUCCAAAUCCCGCCUGGUUCGAUGACCCUCUUCACCAUGCUCUCCAUGCUCCUCACCAUCUCUCUCUACGACCGCCUCCUAGUCCCCUUCUCCCGCCGCUUCACCGGGCUGGACCGCGGCAUCUCCUUCCUCCUACGCAUGGGCAUCGGCUUCGCCCUCUCCGCGACGGCCACUCUCAUCGCCGGCCUCGUCGAGGUUCUCCGCCGCCAGAAAUCGGCCGACCCCCUAUCUGUAUUCUGGCUGGUGCCGCAGUACGGCCUUUUCGGGGCGGCGGAGGCGUUCACAUCGAUAGGGCAUUUGGAGUUCUUUUACGACCAGGCACCGGAGAGCAUGAGAAGCACGGCGGCGGGGUUGUUUUGGCUGUCCAUAUCGGCGGGGAGCUACGUGAGUACGAUGCUGGUGGGGUUGGUUCACAGGUAUACUAAUUGGUUGGUGGAUGAUUUGAAUAAGGGAAGACUGGAAUUUUUGUAUUGGAUUAUAACGGGUUUGCAGGUCCUGAAUUUGGGUUAUUACGUGUUGUGUGCGAGGUUUUAUACCUAUAAGCCGUUGCGUGUUAGGGAUGAUGAGUUAGUAGGAGUUGAGCUUAAUUAGUUAUGAGGGAUGUUUGAUCGAGUUUUUUGUAUGAUACAUAAUAAUCCUGUGAUUAAGAUGCACUAAUAAUCUGUUUGUAAGGCAGUUUUUCAUA